AUGGCUCUAACAGGUAAAGUGAGUACUGAACUUGUCAUCCAAACAACAGCUGCUAAGUUCUUCAAUCUUUUUAUGAAGCAACUUCACCUUGUUCAAAACGUUGCUGAAUCAGUACAUGAGGCCAAUGUGCAUCAAGGUGACUGGCAUAGCAUUGGUUCUGUUAAGAACUGGACUUAUACCGUAGAUGGUAAGGUAACAACAUGUAAGGAGAACUUUGAAGCGAUUGAUGCGCGGAACAAAUCACUCACAUUCAACCUCUUUGCUGGAGAUGUCGGUAAAUUGUACAAGAUCUUAAAGGGCCACUUGCAAGUGGUUGAUAAGGACGAUGGCACUGCUGUUGCUAAAUGGACUUACGAAUAUGAGAAGAUCAAUGAGAAUGUUCCAACUCCAUAUGCGUAUCUGGAUUUUGUUGCUAAGGUCACCAAGGAUGUUGAUGCUCAUCUUAUCAAGACCUAG